AUGCAAGCCUCGCUGAAGAGGGUCCUGGCCCUGGGCCUGGCGUGCGCCGCCCUCGCCCAGCACGACGACACCGAGCCCCUCGACGACGAGAUGGGCCCCGCCGCCUUCAUGUGGCCGGCCGACCGCGUCUGGAGCGGCGACAUGGACAACCAGGAGCCCUGCGGCUCCCGGUCCGGCGUCGGCAACCGGACCGAGUUUCCUCUGGUCGGCGGAAAGGUGGCCCUCGUCGCCCAGGACGACUACUACAACACCAAGAUCUCCAUCUCUUACAAGAACGAUCCGACCUCCAACAGCGACUUCACCACCAUCAUCCAGGAGCAGUCCGUCGCGGACCUCGACCCGGGCCACACCUGCGUCGGGGUGCCCGACCCGCCGGCCUCCGUCGCCGCCGGCUCCAACGCCACGCUCCAGAUCGUCUACCGCGCCGACUGGGACGCGCCGCACAACCAGACCUUCUACGCCUGCGCCGACAUCACCUACGUCGAGGCCGCCGCCUUCCGCGCCCGCGUCCCCUGCUUCAACGCCACCGAGCCUGGCGAGGAUGACCGUGUCGCCGCCACCUCGUCCCCGUCUCCCUCGGCGAACAGCCCAUCCCUCGGUGGUGGCGGCGGUGCCGCGCUCUUCUUCUACCGCCGCAGCCGGCAGAAGAAGCGCAACUCGAGGCUGGCGCGGAUGGAGGAGAGCGCGAGGCGGUCCGAGCACUGGUCUGCGGGCAAGGACUCGACCUCGCGGGACACCCUUUAG